AUGGAAAUCUUACACGUGUUUUUAGUUUUGUUUGCUAUAUCCCAAGCAGCUCUCUAUAAUUAUGCAUCUACAAGUGUCCAUAUUUUAACUUCCCAAAAUUUCGACAAACAAGUAACAAGGAGAAGAGACAAAUGGGUCAGCGUUAUUCAUUUUUAUAAAGAAAAAGAUAGCAGAUCUGCUAUUCAAGCUGAAGAAUUCAACCAUUUUGCUGAUGAGUGGCAAGGCGUUUUUAUAGUAGGAGUUGUUAACUGUGAUACUCAUUAUGAACUUUGUGAAUCACAAGACAUCAGAGAAGUCCCUGCAAUUAAAGUCUACCCUCCUUUCCCAGCACCAGUUGGUCUUUAUGAAGGAGAAGCUACCUCUAAAGCUAUCAGUGCUUAUGCUGCCAAAUUUAUCCCAUCUAAAGUCAUUGAGCUAAGCAACGAAAAUUAUCAAACAUUUUUAGAAGACAAGCCAGCAGUCCCAAAAGUGCUACUUUUUACUGAAAAAUCGUCAGUCCCAACUCUUUAUAAAGCCUUGAGUGUUGCUUUUGAAGCGAAAAUGUUUUUUGGGAUUGUGAGACAGGAAGAUACUGAGGCAAUCAAAAAAUUCAAAAUUAAGCAAUUUCCGAAAAUAAUUUUGUAUAAGACUGUGGAUGCCAAAACAACUGAAUAUAAAGGAGAUAUCAAGUAUAGAUCUAUAUUUGAAUGGCUAAAUGUGCAUUCAGAAACUUUUGUCCAUGGAGGAGCUGAAGAGAGUUCAAGCACGAAGUCGUGGAUUGUUGAAGCAGUGCCUCAGUUGCAUAGGCUGUCUGCUGAUGAUAUUUGUUAUAAACAAGAAGGGUUAUGCGGAAUAUUUUUCUUAAUUUUCCAGCAAAUUUUUUUUUUUUUAAAAAAAUCAUUAUUUAGAAUUCGCAAAAAUAAUUUUUAGGGAGAAAAGGAGGUAGAUUCCCCUCCAACUGAUUCACUGAUAAAUAUUGCAAAAGAUACGACCAAUAUUAUAGGGAAAAAUAAAGAUAGAGGGGUUACUGUAAAAUUCAUGUGGGUUGAUCUUAGUGCUGAUAAAGAUUUUUCAAGUAAAUUCGAAGGAAUUGGGGCUGAUAAAUUGGUGUUUUUGAAAUAUGGUAAAAGAAGCCGAUAUGUGCUUCAUAAUGGAGACAACACAAUAGCUGCUAUAGAAGCGACAAUCAAUAAGAUUGAAUCAGGAGAUGGAAAGUUCAUAAACAUCAAAGGAAGCUUUCCAGAUCUUUCAUUCCCUAAAUCAAAUAAGUAA